ACAUUUUGUAAGUUUUUAUUGUUUUUUGUACAAAACAAUGUAAAAGAUGCAGAGUAUAAGAUUUGGCCCUUGCUUCCAUGAUGCUUACAAUCUAAUUGAUGAAAUCAGAAAUAAUAUUUGUGAAGUGCUUUGCAGAUCCUAAAGCACUAAGUAUAUUUUUAUUACUACUUGAUACCGAUAAUUAUAAUACAAAUUAUAAUAUGAUAACACAAAAGAAAGAGGAGAUUUGCAAACGCAAAAAGGAAACAGGAGAUGCCCCAAACUAGAGACAUCUCCAUCCUAAAUGUUCAAGUGGACUAUUCAUAUCUGACCUGUGGUAGAGCUGUCUGAGCUCAUAUUAAACUAAUCAGCCAAAGUAAAAAACAUUGUACCUUGAUCCCAACAUUGUGAUGUCAUUGGUUCUCUUCACAUACAAAAGAUCAAUAAUGAUAGACCAAAAAGAAAGGUAGGAAGUGCUGUUCAUUCAAAGGAAAGGAAAGAGAAGUUACUUCCAGGGGCAGAGAGAAAGGAGGAAGAUCAAGGAUUGUUUCCUUUAAGAGACAGAAUUAAUAUGAAUCUUGAAUAUUUUAUAGAAAUUGAACAAAUGGAGCUAAGAAGGAAAAACAUUUGAGAAGGCAAUAUAAUGAACAAAAGAAUCUAGAAUCCCCAGGCAUAACAACCCAGUUCAGCUAAAAAAUUACAUUUGUGAUGAUGGUAGUGAGAGUUGGAUUGGUUAAGACCACUAGACUCAAUUUCAGAGGACAUUGAAUACCAAUAAAAGAAUAUAGAACUUUUUUUUCUGGGGGAGGAGGACAUUUGAAGGCUUUUGAGCAUGUGGGUAACAUGGUCACAGCAGUGUUUUAAGAAGCCUCUUAAGACUGUAGAGGGUUAGAGCUGAAAAUUAUAAUAGAGCUUAUUCAUUCCAUUUUUUUUAUAAGAAAGCUGAGAUUCUGAGAGAGAUAGAAUUAUUUCCCUAAGGUCAUGAAGCUACUUGCUGAUAAAAUCAGGAAGAAAACCAGAUUGCUGGCUUUUCAACCCAGGGUUCUUUAUAUUCCCAAUUCUACUUCUCUGUGUUGUCUUUUUCCAAUAAUGUUAUAAGCUUAUUUUUCAGGGAUUUGCUCAUGGUGUAGGGAUCUGGGCUUCUGGCCACCUCCAUGAGGCACUGGAUAAUUUGGAAAGAAUGGGAAUACUUAUUGAAAAGUUGCAUUAUGGAAAGAUGCUGUACUACCUGGAGGUACCUACAUGCAAGGAAAUGACUUGGCUUCUAUUUCUCAGUUAUCAGAAGGUGCUUCUACUCGUGCCCAAAGAGCAACUGCUUCCAAUUGUGGAGACUGAAAUUGUAGAAAAAAUAGUGAACUGCUUCAGCACCAGCUGCCCUGAUGUACAGAUCAGAAGAGAAUUUAUUCAGUCCCUCCUGAUAGCUGGAGAAAUAAUGGCCCAGGGAAAGAGAUUUUUUUUCAAAACUCAUUUGAGGAGGGCAGCAACAAAUCAUUUGCUGCAAAUUCUGGCAGCAGAGUCCAAGGAGGACCUAGACACCUCAUUUUGUUCAGACAUCAUGACUGCUCUAUCUUACUUGGGGGAACUAUAUCCACCAUUGAAUGAGGAAGAGAUAGACUUGAUCCUCAGUAGCUGCCUCAAAUGUGUGUUCUCGAUAUCAUCUACAAAUGAUUCAUUGAAAGGGAAAUCACCAGUAAAGACACCCAUGAAAUCCCUGAGCCAAAAAACAAUCGAAGCCUUGGAUAAUGUCAUCAUGACCAUUCUGGAGAGUCAACCAACACCAGAAAUUACACUCAGGAUAUUCAAACACCUUUCCAAGUGGUUGGGAUCAGAGAAGCCAGUGCUGCGCAUGGGAGCAAUGAGAUUAAGCCAACUGCUCUUCUCUUUCUAUUAUACAUCUGAGGAAGUUCGAAUUCUCCCAUGUCUUGGAUUUUUUGCUGGUGCCCUGGUCCCACGUUGCUUUGACCAACUGCCAUCUAUUCGCCUCUGGGCUUCUAAUACAAUCACCUCUGUGCUUCAAGGAACUCAUAAUAAUUUGCUUUCAGGAGUCACAGAAAAGGAAGGCAACAACUCAUUGAUCGAUGAUGUAGAAGCUGAGGCUUCUAAUCUCAUGCCCGUUGACAUUGCAAAGCUCAUUUUUAACUAUCUGCCACUCCGGGAACUGCUUACCUUUCUGUAUACUGCUUCUGACUGUAUAGUGGACAGAGUCACUUGUCCUCAGUCUAUUGUGUCUGUAUUGAGGAUGGUGGUGGAAUUCAAUGGGGCCAGAGUCAAAGAUGAGAUCCCAGGUCUCCUAACCAUUCUGGUGGAAAUGUUGCAUUCCUUAAAAGAUGAAUUAGUACGAAAGGAACUUAUAGCUACAAUCCAGCAGCUGACCAAGCUGGCUCCAAAAAUUGUGGUACCCUGCCUCCUGAAAAAUCCACUUCCAUAUGACAAGGAUAUCAGAGAGCUGUGGAGAUUAUUUGGUAAUGAUGCUUGCCUCGCCAUCUUAGUGCUACCUGUUCUCCUCCGUUGCAACAUGGGCCAGAAAAAAGAGACAAAGUUACGGCUUAAAUCUCAGGACCCAAUCCUUCCAUUUGCCAAAGAAACACAGGCCUUAUGGGAAGUCACUGCUGCACUAGAGUUUAAGGAAACUCUAGAGGGCUUAGAAGAUAAACUUUUCAUCACCUAUUUCCUCUCCCUUCCACAGCUAAGCAGAGUGCAAGCUUCUGAGUCUGAAGCCCAGAGCCCCAAUGAGCUAGCCUCAUAUAGCUCCAUGGAGGCUGGAUUUAAGAACUUUUUGGAACUUCAGGGAUUCCACAGUGCUGUGGUUCAAAUGGAAAAUACAGAAGUUUGGAAGUUCCUUCGGAAUGCCCAGUUGGUACACAUUGGAGUGAUUCAUUUGUGCAGAUCUUUGGUCCAAUUCCCUGAGAUCUUAAAUCACAAUGUGCUACACAGUCUCUUGCCUUUUCUUAAGUCAGUUGAACAUGAAUACAGAAUGGUCUGCACUGCCCUGUUUUCAGAGCUUUUAGGUUGCCAGGAAAUGGGAGAGCUGGAGAAAAACUCAAUGAACACCGCACUGAAGUUAGAAAUAGAAAGAACCAAAGAUAUCAACCCUAUUAUUGAAUUCCUGGCAGUAAGAGCAUUAGGAAAUGCCCUUAUUGGGUUACCCAAGGAAACACCGAAACGUAAGAAGAUAAUUUUUAAGGUACUAACAGAAGCUCUGUGUCAGGCCUGUGACCCAAAAGUUAUUGAAGAAACCCUGAUUGUACUUGGAAAAUUUAUCCCCUUCCUGAAGACUUUGAAAGGGCAUACUGUUCUACGGUUAGUUCUCCAGAUCAGAGCAUUAUUGAGAGAUGAGAUAACCACCAUACGCCUGGCUGCUGUAACUCUUUAUGGUCACCUGCUCUCUUUUGUCAAUAAAAAACCUGUGUUUGUGGAUCAAGUAGAGAAAAGUUUGGGUUCACUCCUAAUCCUUCUUAACGACAACGACCCCCAAGUUGUCAAAAGUUCCAGAAUUGUGCUUAGGGAUUGCUCUUCAUUCCUCCGGUCAGAGCCACUUAGGGCACUCCUAGAGAAUCUUCAACCUGAAGAAGAAAUCAACUUCCCUCAAUUUUAUGGUAAAGUCUACAGUCUCCUGAUGAAUGAGUGCUCAGAAAAUGAAGAUGAAACACUGAUGUCAAAAGCAGCAUCAGCCGCUGAGAUCCGCUGUGAGCAAAAGAAACUCUCUGAAAAUAACCAAAAAGUAGGAUUGGCUCUAGGAAAUAUUGUGAAGCAGACCAAGUGUGUUUUUGAGACCCUGAAUCCUUCCCACAAAUACAAAGUAGAAUGAAAAAAAAAAUCCAUUAAGGGAGGAACAUUAACAUUUUGAAAAUGGAAUUUCUCAGAGGAAAUAAAAAUAUAUCUUUAAGAGCAAGUUUUUAUCAUUCAGUCAGUCACCGAGCAUUUAGUAAGAAUCUAUU